GAGAGAAAGUAAAGAGUAAAGAGUUUAUCAGUAGAAAAUAAAAAACCGCAGACUGCUCGAGCGAGAGUAAAGAGUAAAGACUGUACACAAAUCUAGGGUUCCACAAUUAUUCAUUCUAGGAGGGAAAUAAGAUUCCAAUAUCUUGUUCGAAAAAAUUAUCAAAGGUCGGAGGAAGGGAACGCGUGAAAUUCUGUGUCAGCGUUUCUUUCUUUUUCUUUGUGUUGCUGGUUUUGGGAGGUUUUCCUAAUAUGACUCCAGAUAGGGUCAGAAGAAGAAACCCAUUGGGGCCUAGACGAUUCCGUAGCAGGGAGCGGGAAUCCUACCGAGAUGCUCCAUAUCGAAGGGGUGAUCGUCCCAGUAACAGGAACGAUCAUCUUUGCAACAACUGCAAGAGACCUGGACACUUCGCUAGAGAUUGUCCAAAUGUGCCUGUUUGCAACAACUGUGGGCUUCCUGGGCAUAUAUUUGCCGAGUGCAAUGCAAAAACCACGUGCUGGAGAUGCAAGGAGUCGGGCCAUGUUGCAAACCAGUGCAACAAUGAUCCUGUAUGCCAUAUCUGUGGGAAUGUCGGUCACAUUGCACGCGAUUGUUCAGGUUCAGGCCUUCCCCUCCAUGAUACAAGGCUCUGCAACAACUGCUACAAGCCAGGCCACAUAGCCGUCGACUGCACUAAUGACAAGGCAUGCAAUAAUUGCCGCCAAUCUGGCCAUAUCGCUCGUGGGUGUCCAAAUGAGUCAAUCUGCAAUGUGUGCAAUGUCUCAGGUCACCUUGCUCGUCAGUGUCCUAAGACAAAUAUUGCAUCCGAGAUUGUGGGUGGGUCUUUCCGUGACAUCGUCUGCUGCAACUGCAACCAACGAGGACACACCAGUCAUGACUGUGUAUCCAGUAUGAUUUGCCACAACUGCGGGGGACGAGGUCACCAUGCCUUCGAGUGCCCUUCAGGCCGUAUGCUUGACCGUGACCGUGACCGCAGAAUUCGUAGGUUUUAAUCAAAGAGGAUAUGUUCCUCCUCUCUAGCACAGUUUCACUCAGUUUUAAUCAAAGAGGAUAUGUUUCUUUAGCUCAGUUUCACUCAGUUGCAACUUGUUACUAAAGAGGAUGUAUGUUCCUCCUCUCUCCUUGAUUUAAUCGAAUUGGGUUGGAACUUAAAUUAUUUGCUUAGACUUCCGUUCUCUAAUAUAGAUUUUGUUCGUCA